GGGACGUCGGCCGUGGAGCAGGAAGGGAGCUGAGCCCGGAGCAAGGCAGGGGCACUGCCACCAGCCCCUGGGCACCAGGUCUGCAGCGCCCGGGCGGCUCGGCGGGAGGCGGCGGAGGCCCGGCGCGGCUCUCCCCGGCUCGGCUUGGCCCGGCCCGCCCGGCCCGGGAUGGCGGCGCGACCGGCGCUGCCCGUCCUGGCGCACUCGGUGCUGGCGGCGGUUCUGCUCUCGGCGGCCCCGGAGCCCGUGCCGCGGGUCAGCCUACCCUACGACUCGUCCGAGCGGGUGGUGCGGCGGUUCGAGGUGCCCGGUGUCUCCAACUACACGGCGCUGCUGCUCAGCCCGGAUGGCAACACGCUCUACCUGGGGGCCCGCGAGCUGCUCCUCGCUGUCAACACCAGCCACUUCCAGCCCGGAGCACCGGUGCGCAGGCUACCCUGGGGUGCUGAUGAGGAGAAGAAGAGGCAAUGUGUGUUCAAGGGCAAGGACCCCCAGAGGGACUGUCACAACUACAUCAAGAUGCUGCUGCGGCUGAACAGCACCCACCUAUACGCCUGCGGGACCUGCGCCUUCAGCCCGGCCUGCACCUAUAUCAACGUGCAGCACUUCAGCCUGGAGCGGGAUGGCUCGGGGAAGGUGCUGCUGGAAGAUGGGAAGGGUCGCUGCCCCUUCGACCCCGAGUACCGGUCCACGGCCGUCAUGGUCGAUGGUGAGCUGUACGCCGGGACCGUCAGCAACUUCCAGGGCAAUGAGCCCACCAUCUCCCGCAGCCAGGAGAGCCGCAUCGCCCUCAAGACUGAGAACUCCCUCAGCUGGUUGCAGGACCCUGUCUUCGUGGGCUCAGCCUACCUGCAGGAGAGCUUGCCCGCUGGCAACCCUGAGGGCGACGACGACAAGGUCUACUUCUUCUUCAGCGAGACCGGCAAGGAGUUUGACUAUUUUGAGAACACCAUCGUGUCCCGUAUCGCCCGUGUCUGCAAGGGGGACCAGGGCGGGGAGCGCGUGCUGCAGCGGCGCUGGACCACCUUCCUAAAGGCACAGCUGCUCUGCUCCCACCCCGAGGAUGGCUUCCCCUUCAACGUGCUGCAGGAUGUCUUUGUACUCACCCCAGGGCAGCUGCACUGGAGGGAGACCGUCUUCUACGGGGUCUUCACCUCACAGUGGAACAAGGGUGGCCUGGGCAGCUCGGCUGUCUGCGCCUUCCCCAUGCGCAGCGUGCAGCGAGCCUUCACCGGGCUCUACAAGGAGGUGAACCGCGAGACGCAGCAGUGGUACACGGACACCGGCCCCGUGCCGGAGCCCCGCCCGGGCACGUGCAUCACCAGCCACACGCGGCACCUGAAGAUCAACUCGUCCCUGCAGAUGCCGGACCGGGUGCUGAACUUCAUCAAGGACCACUUCCUGAUGGACAGCCCGGUGCGCAGCCAGCCGCUGCUGCUGCAGAGCCACCUACGCUACCAGCAGAUCGGCGUCCACCGCACCCAGGGCCUCCACGGCACCUACGAUGUCCUCUUCCUGGGCACAGAUGAUGGCCGGUUGCACAAGGCUGUGCGUGUGGAUCACGGUGUGCACAUCAUCGAGGAGAUCCGCCUCUUCCCCGCUGGCCAGCCCGUUCUCCACCUGCUGCUGGACCAGGACAAGGGUCUGGUCUAUGCAGCCACCUACACAGCAGUGGCUCAGGUGCCCUUUGCCAACUGCAGCCUGUACCGCAGCUGCGGCGAGUGCGUGCUGGCGCGGGACCCCUUCUGUGCGUGGAGCCGGGGCACCUGCCACAGGGUCACCCCCCACCCCCCGGCGCACCCCCAGCUCUGGGCGCAGGACAUUGAGGACGCUGACACGGAGCGGCUCUGCCAGCUGCCCAACACCUCCCAGCCCCGUCCCCGCAUCCUCCUGCCCCCAGCCUCGGGCGCCCCGUGCCAGCGGAUCCAGCUGCCACCCAACGCGGUGCGGCCGCUGCCGUGCCGGCUGCUCUCCAACCUGGCGUCGCGGCGCUGGCUGCACGACGGGGCGCCUGUCAAUGCCUCCUACCUGGUGCUGCCUGACGGGGCCCUUAUCCUGGUGGGCAGCCCUGAGCGGGCUGGCACCUACGAGUGCUGGUCGCUGGAGGAAGGCUUCCGCAAGCUGAUGGCCAGCUACUGCGUGGGUGUGGAGGAGCCGGUCCGUGGGCCACCGGACCCCGGCAGGAAGGUGGCCAGUGGCCGAGAUGCCCUGGAGACCGUCAGCACCUCCCGGAGCACCUCGGCGGUGGGCAGCGCAGCAGCACGGCUGGACGGCAAGACCUACUGGACCGAGUUCCUGGUGAUGUGUGUGCUCUUUGUCACUGCUGUCCUGGUGCUGGCCUUCUUCCUCCUGCACCGGCACCGCGACGGCAUGAAAGCCUUGCUGGAGCCCGGAGACCCUGGCCGGCACCAGAAGCCCCCCCGCAAGCCGGUGGAGAGCCUGCCCCUGAACGGCAGCAGCCUGCCCAGUGCCGCGCCGGAGCACAAGGGCUACCAGGCCCUGCAGGACAACUACAUUGUCAGCACCCCCGUGCAUGAGCCCCCAGGUCCCCCACGUGCCUUCUCUGAAUCGGAGAAGAGGCCCCUCCACGUCCGGGACAGCUUUGUGGAGGUGUCUCCUGCCUGCCAAAGACCCCGGGUGCGCCUGGGCUCUGAGAUCCAGGACUCAGUGGUGUGACGGGGACAAGAGCCGAGCCCUCACCUGCCACUGCCUCUGCUCUGCUGAGCCUUGCCGGACCUUGGUGCUGCGGCCGGGGUCCAUGUUGUCUGUGUGUGCAUGCCCGGAGCCUGCGGCGGGGGUGGGCUCUGCUGGGGCUCCCGGCUGUCACCUUGGUCGCUCCGGGUGCGAGCGGUGCUGCGUGCCUUCCAGGGACGAGCGGGACUGUUCCCCCCGCCUGGCGUCCCCGCUGCAGGAAUGGACGCGGUGCCUGGCUCUAUGCAGAGGGCAGGAGGGGGCAGCCGCAGCCCCCGCGCCCCACUCACUGUGACGUCCGGCUGCGGGGCCGAGCCGUGCCCCCGCGGGUGUGCUGUGUGUCUGUGCGUGGUUCGUCUUUUCAUACGUUGAAAAUGUGAAUCGUGUCUCCAGGAGGGAGUGGGGAGCAGCACCAGCCCUGUGCCAGGCUGGGCAGCCCCUGUGUCCCCAUGUGCGUGUGCAGAAAAGUCUGUGGUUUUUAUAUAAAGUCCAGGUGUCUCCUUUGGA